AUGUUUAUUAAUUUUUUACCAUUAAAUAUUCACAAAACACUGCACAUCUUCAUUUGUUUUUUAGUUUCGAUUAGUAAACAAGGCAUCGUAGCUUUAAUCGAUGUGCGACCAACUAAUGGCAUUUGUGAUAUCUCUUGCUUGCUGUGUAAUAAAUUGCAUAUUUCCCACCUUUCCGUUGGUUGGCAAAUACCAGAUACGUCGGAUCAAGACGAGUUUUCAUUCUUCUACCAUCCGCCAUCAGAGCUCAUAUCAAAAGCGUACGCCACACUCAUCAAAGAGUUAGAGUGGGAUAGAUUUACGUUCUUUUAUGAAGAUGAUGGCAGUUUCAUACGUCUUCAGGAAGUAAUAAACUCUUGGCCAUAUAACAACGAACGGAUACAAUUUGAAAAAUUAGAACCCGAUGGAGAUAAUCGGAAGACAUUCAAAAAUGUAUUUGGCGUACUCCGAAUUAGUUACCACUUAAUAGAUUGUGACGUCAAAAACAUCCAGAAGUACAUGAAAGAAAUCGUUUCCAUAGAGACAGCACUAACAGCAGAUGCGUUAAAUCAUUUUGAAAAGGCAAUUCGUAUUAUGAGACAGGAGAAUAUGAUGGAAUACGUUGAUCCACCAGAAAUAUGUUUUGCUGAGAACAAAGCUGCUUACAAAGAAAAAGCUUGGAUACAUGAAACUCUGUUCCAGAAUGCAGAAAUGGCGAUCAGUGAUAUUACAAUAACAUCGGAACGCAGCGCAGUUGUAGAGUUCUCGAUGCCGUUUAUGUCAUUGGGCAUUAGUAUGCUGGUCAGAGAACGCGAUCCCCAGGAACCCGAUAUGUUUUCUUUUAUCAAGCCUUUGGCUCUGGAUGUCUGGUUAUAUUUGGCCACUGCCUACAUAAUUGUAUCGUUCGUUCUGCUAAUUUGUGCUAGAAUGAGUCAAGGUGACUGGGUUAAUCCUCACCCUUGUAACCAACAUCCUGAAAAUCUACAAAACAUUUGGAGCCUCUACAACUGUAUGUGGCUCACAGUCGGCUCUAUAAUGACACAAGGUUGCGAUAUAUUGCCAAGAGCGGCAGGGUCACGUUGGGUGACAGGAAUGUGGUGGUUUUUCGCCCUCAUUGUGACUGCAUCAUACACAGCUAAUAUGUCAACAUUUUUGAGUAACAGUCGACGUGAUAACGAUAUAAAAGAUAUCAAAGAACUUUCAGAACAAAAUGAAGUAUCGUAUGGCGUUCUUAUUAAUGGUUCUACUUACAACUUUUUUGAGAACUCAAACGAUUCGGUGUAUCAGAAAAUAUGGACUGUUAUGAAAUCCGCUAAGCCAACAGUAUUUACCAACAACAAUGACGAAGGCAGAGAUAGAGUGGUUAGAAGUAAAGGAAAUUACGUCUUCUUUAUGGAAUCAACUGCUAUUGAAUAUUACAUGCAAAGGAAUUGCGAUUUGAAAAUGGUCGGCUCUAAGCUAGAUUCUAAGGAUUAUGGAAUCGUAUUGCAUAAAAAUUCUCCUUACAAGAGGCUUGUAGAUAAUGCUAUUUUAGCAUUACAAGAGACGGGAGAUUUACUUACCACGAAAAAGAAAUGGUGGGAAAGUGAUGUUAAAGAAGGAAAUUGCGAGAAAUCUACAAACGAGGCAGAAGACAACGGUUCAUUGCAAAUGAAGAAUACCAGUGGAAUAUUUUUAGUGUUGGGUUUUGGAGGAAUAUUAGGUUUCUUCGUUGCGAUUAUUAAUUUCCUUUUACACGCGCGACAAAUUUCUGUUAAAGAAAAGGUAAGGUUCAUUUUUAUAAUUUCGAAUUUACUAUUGUAUUUAAAUUCGAAUAAAGGCUACUGGCGUAGAAUGAAUAUUAACAUAAUGAAAUAA